AUGACGGUUGAAGAUGCUAAGCGUUACGGGAACAGGAAAAGAAAGCUUCUUGUCAAUGAGAGAGUCGAGAAUCAGUCUCCAAUGGCGGUUGAAGAUGUUAAGUGUUCCGGAAAGAGGAAAAGAAAGCUUCUUGUCAAUGAGAGAGUCGAGAAUCAGUCUCCAAUGGCGGUUGAAGAUGUUAAGUGUUCCGGAAAGAGGAAAAGAAAGCUUCUUGUCAAUGAGAGAGUCGAGAAUCAGUCUCCAAUGGCGGUUGAAGAUGUUAAGUGUUCCGGAAAGAGGAAAAAAAAGCUUCUUGUCAAUGAGAGAGUCGAGUCUCCAAUGGCGGUUGAAGAUGUUAAGUGUUCCGGAAAAGGGAAAAGAAAGCUUCUUGUCAAUGAGAGAGUCGAGAUUAGGAGUAUAGAAGAUGGUUUUUUGGGCUCAUGGCACCAAGGCAUAGUUAUCGACUGGGCGAAGCAGAAGCGUCGUGUCAAAUAUGACAACAUUUUUGAAGAAGGUGGAUCAAAUCAUCUUGUGGAUGUGGUAGAGGUUUCACCCGUUUUGGAUGGUGGUAGUUCUUCUUCUUUUUCUUCUGCAGAUGGUUGCAAUGAACGUGGGCUCAUUAGACCCCUGCCUCCUCUGAUUGAAUUCGGGGUAUGGGACCUUCCAUUUGGUCUAUGUGUUGAUGCAUUAUACGAGGAAGCUCAGUGGGAAGGUGUUAUAUUUGAUCACUGCAAUGGAAUGGAGGAAAGGAGCAUAUUCUUCCCAGAUUUGGGUGAUGAACUGAAGAUUGGAAUUCAUCAAUUGAGGAUCACUCAAGUUUGGAAUGAAGCUACUGGGAAUUGGGAGCCACGAGGGAAGUGGAUGCUUCUUGAAGUGAUUGAGGAGUGUGAGCAGUUUUCCUAUAUUGGAGUUUCAUUUAAGCAAAUUUGGUUUGAUUUAAGGAAUCAUAAGGAAUUUGAUAAAAUAAGGGACUGGACUUGUAAUGUGAAAGACUUGUGGAGAGACCUUGUAAGGGAGAUAGUUGGUGAUUACUUUGCUUUCUUGAAAGAAACACCAGAGCUGGAGUCAGUUGAACAUACUGAUAUUGUUCAUUGUGAUGCUAGUCCUAGUAAUGUACUUGGUUCUAAAAUUGGAAUAUCUGAUUGCCCUGUGGAAAGUGGUGACUCUACGAACUUGAUAGAUACCGAUCAAAACGGUGGUAGCAUCAUUUUCCUUCAAGAGAAAUAUGAUACAAAUCCUUUGGUGGAUGGUGCAUCAGAAAAAGAAAUUGUGUUGGUAGAAGAACCUGAGUCUCAAAAUGAAAGAAGUGAAAAACGUAGACGCUCUACGUCCAUAUAUUGGCAACCUCUGGUGCUAUCUGAAGUUGAAUUUUGUCCUAAUGUUAUUAAUCAAUAUGGAGCUGGAUGUGAGAGCAAGAUGACCAGGGAAGGUUUGAAGACAAAAGUAAGAAAACAUCUAGCGUAUCUUGGAUGGAAAAUUGAGUGGACUAUACACAAAAAUUGUCCUAGGCAAAGACGAUACAGGUACAAGUCACCAAAUACACAGGAUAAGAAGGUUUACUAUUCAAUUCCUCAAGUUUGUAGUCAUUUGAAAAAGGAGUCCAACAUGAAUUCUGUGUUGUCCCAAAAACACCAGAGCAGGAUGCUGUCCCAAAAUGUUCAUCAUCCGAUUGGGGCAUCCUAUCCUGUCGAAAAUGUAGCUGAAUCACAUACUCCAGGUGGUUUACCAAUUGGGAAUACAAAUCAUAAACGCAACACGAAAUCAAAGGCCUGCCCACCAAAGCACAAGAGGAAUGGAUUACCUACAAGGGUGCAGAAUGUAAAUUCCCCUUGUUUGUCUCAUCAAAAUGUUUUGUCUUGGUUAAUAGAAAGCAACAUGGUAUUGCCAACAUCUAAGGUCUACUAUCGGGGAAAAGGAGGCAAGAACACUCACGACAUUGAAGGGAGGGUAACUCUUGAUGGAAUCAAGUGUGGCUGUUGUCAGAAUGUAUAUACACCUGGUGCCUUUGCAUUUCAUGCUAGUGGCUGUUAUGACUGCAGGCCUUGUGCUAAUAUCUUUUUGAGGGAUGGUAGGUCACUCUUGGAUUGCAUGAUACAACUAAUGCAUAAAAAUUGGGCAGAGGAAGCUUUGGAAAAACAAUGCAAUGAUCUGUGUCAAGGUGAAAGUGACAAUUGUUCUGUUUGUCAUGAUGGUGGUGAACUUAUUUUAUGUGACAAAUGCCCGCCUUCAUUUUAUAUGGAGUGUCUUGGUUUAGAGGAUAUCCCUGAUGGUGACUGGUUUUGUCUAUCAUGUCGUUGCCGGAUUUGCAACGAAAUCAAAAUCCAAGGGACUGAAGAUGGAGAUUUUCUUACUUGCAUUCAAUGUGAACAUAAGUAUCACAUUGGAUGCCUGAGAAAAAGACCAGGAGAUAAAUCAAGAAUAUAUUUGAAAAAUUGGUUAUGUGGAGAAGAGUGUGAACAGAUAUAUGCAGGCAUUCAUCAACUAUUAGGAAAACCAAUUUUAGUGGGUGCCGACAACCUAACUUGGACAUUAGUGAAGUGUGUCAACUCUGAGAGUUGUGAUGUUGGUGGUACUAAAAUUGACUUGUUGGCAGAGAGUUACAGCAAACUCAAUGGUGCACUUUCAGUGAUGCAUGAAUGUUUUGAGCCCUUAAAGAACCCUUACUCUAACAGAGAUCUCAUGGAUGACGUUAUAUUCGGUAGAAGGUCGGAGCUUAAUAGAUCAAAUUUCCAGGGUUUCUAUGUUGUAAUUAUGGAGAGAAAUGAAGAAUUGGUUAGUGUGGCAACUGUUAGGAUAUUUGGACGAAAGGUAGCAGAAGUACCUCUCGUAGCUACCAGAUUUAUGUAUCGUGGACUUGGAAUGUGUCGUAUUUUAAUGGAUGAGCUUGAAAAGAAACUCAUGCGACUAGGAGUGGAGAGGAUAGUUUUGCCUGCUGUUCCUAAUAUGCUUGAAACAUGGACCAAAUCUUUUAAUUUCGUGAAGAUGACAAGUUUUGAAAGAUCACAGUUUUUGGAUUACGCUUUCCUAGAUUUUCCAGGAACUGUUAUGUGUCAGAAGCUGUUGACAACUCUUCCAUCCCAGAUUUGACUUUAACAAGAGCUUUGUAAGUUUGUUUUUGCAAAGGAUAUAAAGCCAUCAAGAUCUACGCGGUUAUUUCUCUGUCAGUGUAGAAUUGGUUUUGAUAAGUCCAGUCCCCAAUAUAAAGUUGACCAAGAAGAAGAGAUUCACAAGAGUGGAAUGAUGGAAAUGCAAGUGGAGGAGUACGUCUAA